AUGGCAUCCAAGCUGAAGCCCUUCGCAUAUCGGUUUCCGCCUCCUGUGAAGUUCCAGCCGCCUGCAGCCAUCCGAGCCAGUCGAAUUGAGGCACUGAAACUCGAAGCCAAAUCCAGAGUUUCUCAUAACCUGUGGCGACUCAACGUCGAUAACCUCAUCAAAAUGAUCAACGACAACAAGACUCCAGCAUCCUGGCUCUUCACCGCGCAAGAAUACGACAAGUGGAUCUACUAUGACGAGACAAAGGGUCCCAAGAUUCGUCAAGAAUACCGAUAA